CCUAUUAAGGACAAAAGUACUCUCCGUUAAGUGCCAUUUUGUAUUUUGUUAUUAGUGCUUAAUGUAAAGCUCCGAGUGGUAGGUGCAUUAAGAUUUUUUUUAAGUAGUACUAUAUUAUGUAUUUGGAUUGAUGAUUUAUGAUAGUUCUAUGACAUUGAAAUGUGCUGUAAAAUCUACUAUAUUUUAUUUCUAACUGGCAUUUGUUUAUUUCUUGACGAAGUCUGUGCUCAAAAGCUUCAAAAAUAUUUCGAAUGGAACAUUGUAGAUUUUGAAUACAGAAACGAGAAUCUAAGGGUUCAGGACUUUUUGAGCAAGAAAUUACAGCUCGAGAACGCUCUACCUGUAGGGAUAGAAAUUUGGAAUGAGAAAAUAUUCAUUACUGUACCUAGAUGGAAAGAAGGAAUUCCAUCCACACUGAACUAUGUUCCUAUCAAUAGUGGACUGCGAAACCCGCCUCUUAUACCUUAUCCAGAUUUGAAAUCUAACGAAUUAGGCAAUUGCGAAGAUGGACUAUCCACAGUUUACCGAAUUCAUGUGGAUGAAUGUGACCGUCUUUGGGUUUUGGAUACUGGUACAUUUGGAAUAGAAGAUACCACUCAAAAUGUAUGCCCAUACGCUUUGAACAUUUUUGAUUUAAGAACGGAUAGAAGAAUUCAUAGAUACGUUUUUCGUACUGAAGAUACCAAUAGCAGAACGUUUAUAGCCAAUAUCGCCGUGGAUUUGGGAAAAAAUUGUGACGAUGCCUACGCUUAUUUCAGCGAUGAACUAGGCUACGGACUUAUAGUUUACUCGCUCAAACAAGACACUAGCUGGAGAUUUGAGCACAGUUUCUUUAUGCCAGAUCCGCUCAAAGGUGAUUUUAACAUCGAUGGACUCAAUUUCCAGUGGGGUCAAGAAGGUAUCUUCGGUCUAAGUUUAACCCCACGUCAAGCCAACGGUAAUAGAGUAUUACUUUUCAGUCCGCUGGCUAGUAAUAGAGAAUUUGCCGUGUCUACCGACAUAUUGAAAAACUCCUCUAAAGUAUCGGAUAGCUACAAAGAUUUCUAUGCCCUGGAGGAAAGAGGGAAAGAUACACAUACGACGUCGCGUGUUGUUAGUAAGGAAGGGAUACAGUUCUUCAACUUAAUAGACCAGAAUGGCAUUGGAUGCUGGGAUAUUAAAAAACCGUAUAGUCCAGAAAAUAUUGCUGUCAUUGAACGUAACGAGGAACUAAUAUUUCCUGCAGAUAUUAAAGUUGACAGAAACAACUACUUAUGGGUGAUAUCGGACAGAAUGCCUAAAUUCCUCAUCACAUCACUCAACUACAGCGAACCCAACUACAGACUGUUCUUCGCACCGGUAGAUGAGCUAAUUAAAGGAACUGUAUGCGAUCCUAACUACCAAACACCGGAUUUCAGCAACAAUUUCAAUGAAGAACAGUACAUCUCUACGAUGAGCGGAUUAAUAUUUGGUCAAAAUGGAAACGCUGUUGGGCAGAUCAAGAACAAGCCUAACGAGGAGGAAUUUGCCAAUUUUGGAGACUAUACUUUUGGUUCUAAAUUGCCUAGUGAAGAACUACGUAAUUCUUAUUUAGAUUGAUAUUUCUGUUAGUAUAAUAAAUUUUUCAAAGUAACAUUGUACCGUAUGAUCGAAAAAAAAAACCGUGUCAUCAAUGGCUAUGAAAUCAUUUUAUAUGUAAAAUUAUAUGGGAAAUGUCAACGAUCGUCAUUUCCAAGCCAACUGGACGUCGAUUUUUUUUCGAUCAUGCGGUAUAAAUGAUUUCGUUAAGUUUGAUUACUACCAAUGUUGUAAAACUGUAAUUAUUGAUCUGUAUUUUCUCAAUUUAAGAUAUACUUGUAAUGUUAUACAUGAGGUUAUUUUUAAUUAAUAUAAAUAAAAUUUGGUUAUAAAAUA